GCCUCCACACGGACUAAACUGCUACGUAUCAUAAUAACUCGUCUUUUUUAUUUCAACUUCUGACAACCAGAGAAUUUUACCAUGUCUGACACAUACCACGACCUUAUUCGGAACCUGAUAAACGUUGGCCUGAACGACGACUUUCUUCAUGAACAUUCAAAAUCAACACUGCCUCUUCAGUCCUCCUCCCUUUUCUCCCCCAAAAGCCUCAGCUCUGAAAGACUAACCGAGGAGACUUUCAGUUGGCCAUUCGACAUAUGGAGCGAAAACGAGCCCAGGAAACCUCAGUAUCCCUUCAGAGCCGACCGUUCCAUGAGUCUGACCGACAACUAUUCGUCGAACUUUACCCCCAGCAACAACACGAAGCCUGCCGACGUUCCCCCUCCACCAGGAUUCCCACCUUUGGCACCUCAGCCUUCAAACCGGUAUAAGACAGAACUCUGUCGAAGCUUUCAAGAAAGCGGCAGCUGCAAGUAUGGCAACAAGUGUCAGUUUGCGCACGGUGAAAAUGAACUACGAGGUCUCCACAGGCACCCCAAGUACAAAACUGAGGCGUGUCGCACGUUCUACAACUUUGGAUACUGUCCCUACGGAAGCCGGUGCCACUUCAUCCACGAGGAGAAGCACUCUGCUCUGCAAACGCUCAACCAGAAGACCCAAGCUCCUGCCAGCCAACACCCACGACUUCUUCGACAGAGUGUGAGCUUUGCCGGGUUUCUCGGCUCUCGUAGUAUCUCCCCUCCAGUCCCUUACGAGCCAAUGGGCUUCAGUCGGGCCCCGUCUGUGUCUCCACCACCGGCUGAUAUCUUGUCCCCAGCGUUCAACGACUCGAACAGUGAAAUGUUUCUAUUUACCCAGAACAAACCUGAAGCUGAGGUCCACAACCUAAAGUCUCUACGCUGCAUGUGUAGCCAGGGCCAGGGCCUGCCUUCGACGAACAAAUGCGUGGGGCUGGAAACCCGGAGCGGUGCCAGCAUGCAGCGUUUUGCCUCAGACGAGUCGCUUUCGGACGGCGAGAGCUACAGCAGCACGGGCAGCUCGAGCAGUUCCGAGUCCUUUAACUUCGAUAAUUCAGGCAGCAAGCGCCUCGGCGUCUUCGCUCGCAUGUCUGUUUCUGAGUAACUGCCUUUUUUUUUAAUCAAAGAUCCUUUAAGAUGACAUACGAAUCUUAAUAAUGUUCGUUUGCUUUCAUUUCUGGUCAUAGGAAGUUUAUUUUGAUACACACUCACAGUCUAAAGCUACGUUUUAUUGUUUCUGUCGUUGCGUCUUCCAUUUGCUUGAUUUGCUAAGGCAAGCUGUACCCAGAAGACAUUAGCAGAAGUGCCUUAUUAGUGUCAGAACUUAUGCUAUUGAAAGCAGAACUAACGACCAUUCCAGAUGCCUGACACGUUUAUUUAUAUCAUUUAUACCCAACCAGCAAUGUGACAAACUUGAAAAGUUAAAAGUUAUUACAUGUACUCACUAAGAAAUGCACUUUACAUACUUGGAGAAAUGUAGCAUAUAACCCAAAGCAUUAUGAUCUAAUGUGCCUAUUUUGUACAUGUAGCCUUUCAGUUUAAAAACAAUCCCUCUGUUAUAAUUUAUACAGCACACAGAAGAUGUAAAACCAUGUAUUUAUAAUUUUACUAUGUGACAAGGCCUGUCAAUUGUAAUGUUUUGACAACCUUUGCUGAAGGUGACUUUUUAUCAGGGACUGUAACAGCGCAGUAUUUCUGUAUGUUUUAAAUCCUGUAUUUGCAUUGUUUUUGUAAUUGUAUAGACUUAACUAAAGUAUUUAUUAAGUAUUUAUUAAAGAAAUAGCAAUGUAUUUUGUACUUAUUUAUCAAUACCUGUCGGGGUACGAGAAGUGUUUCCUCAAACUUUUGGAUUUAUUCUUAAUUAGCCAAAAAUUAUUAAAUAAAUGCAGAUUAUAUGAAAA